AUGCAACCAGAAGGUACCACCUAUGAACUAGAUGGCCAACAAAGAAUACCAAAAUUUGAAAAAAAAAAACCCAGACGUUUAGAACUGGAUAAACUUCUUGAUAGGCCUAACCUUAUGACUAUACAAAAACGAUAUAUUGGUUCAAGGACCUUCUGUGCAACUUUCAGCAAACCAUACAACAUCAUCAUACAGGAGCAGUCAACAGAGCGAAUCCUCUCCUGCCGCACCGGACAGCGCUCACACGAGCCGCACACUCACACACCCAGGCUAGGGGCGGCGGGCUCUGGUCAAGGCGCCUCCGCUGCCGCGAACGCGGCGGCGUCUCCUUGGAGAGCGGAUAACGCGCCCUGCCCUGUGCGAGGGGCGCGGCCCGCACAGCCCGCCGCCGCCGCACGGUUUCCCCGCCGUCCCGGACCUGCCUCCGAGCCCACUGCCCGCUCCUGGCCGCCCUGCCCCACUGCACCAGCGCGGCCUCGCCGCCACCACGGGAAAGGGACGUGGAAGGGGCAGCGCACCGCGCGAGGGGCAGGAGAAGGCAGCUCACCCCGCGCCAGAGGGGAGGUCACCCGGCCUGGCUCCUCCUCCCCCGCCGGCCGCCACUUGCGGGGCCCGGGCUCCCCGGACGAGCGUUUCGCCUUCGGACAGCGGAGGAGCGGCGCGGCCUCGCUUCGCCCGACGCGGCGGAACAGGGCCGGCGGAGGCGCUCAGAGCGCUCCUGCCUCAGCCACCGCCGCCAUCUUGGCCGCCACUCCGCCGGGGGCACGGGGGGCGGUCCUUGGCGGAGGGAUACAGACAGACACUCACCGUUACCUGGUAACCUCCGCCCGCCCAGGCCCCUCCGCACUGCGCGCGCCCCGCCCGACCCAGGCCGCUGGGCGCCUGAGGAUCCCCCGCGCAACCGCCGGGGCGCUCGGGGAAAGAGCCGGGUGCGAAGAAACUCCAACUCCCAGCGUGCAUUGCGCGAGGGACGGGUGGCGCCCCAGGGGCCGGCGGCAGUGCCUCCUGGGAGUAGUAGUUUUCCCAACAGGGCCCCGCCCUGCACCGCCGCGCCCCAUGAGGGACUGGGGCGCAUCCGCUGCUGUUCUGCGGACGGUGGGGAAUCGCGGAGCAUAUUUUUCUUAUAAAAUAAAAUACGAAAACAGCGAUGAACUCUGUAAAUGCUUUUGCCUGGUUGGAAGACGAGUAAAAUCACGUCGAAACCCUAAGCGUGGACAAGGAUCAGAUCUUGCCCUCGUUUGGAGCAGUAUCGACUACUCUGUUCCUGUCGGCCUUUGGCGUGUUUUGCUCCUUGAUUUGUGGCAUGGAGUUUAUGCAUCUAGGUUCUUUGUACUUUCCUUUGGGCGAAAAAAUAUAACUAGAGGGUUUGGCGUUUAAAAAACAAUAGUUGUGCGUGGAAGCCUGUGCGCUGUGCUUGGUAUUUAACAGAAGUUGUUAGAAUCAUAGAAUAUGCUGAGUUGGAUGCAACCCUUCAAGAUCCAACUCUGGCCAUGCACAGGACAUCCCAAGAGUUACACUCUGUGCCCAAGAGUGUUGUCUAAAUACUUCCUGAGCUCUGUCAGGCUUGGUGCUGUGACCACUUCCCUGGGGAGCCUGUUCCAGUGCCCAGUCUCCUGCUGGGUAAAAAAACUUUUCCUAAUAUCCAACCUAAACCUCCCCUGAUGCAACUUCAGGACAUUCCCUCGGGUCUUGUCACUGGUCACCACAGAGAAGAGAUGAGCGCCUUCCCUUCCUCUUCCCCUCACGAGGAAGCUGUUAGUCCUUCAGGAGACUGGACUUGGAUAACACACUCAGAAUUUCUAUUUCAGCGAAGCUGGUAUUGUUUAUUUGACUUUCACUUGGGGGGGUAUUGUCCCUUGUCAAAAUGGAAAACCCCAGCAUUUUCAGUGUUUCCAUUACACUGCGUUUCUAAAGCAAAAGCAUUAAGCAUUUACAUGUGCCUUAUAACUGAUCCUGCUAGAGAAACAUUCUACUGGUACAACAUGGAAAUGUAGUUAGCCACCAUAUCUCCCAUAUUAGGACUUGUACUAAUGAAUUUUGCUUAAAAAAAAAAAAAAGGACACAUGUAUCCUUUUCAAUGAUCCAUUAAUCUCUCUGUAAUCUAGAAAAGGAACUAAGUAACUGGAAAAGCUUCAAAAUAAAGAUGUUUCAAUGAAAGUAUUUUUGUUAUCUCCAGCAGAUUCCCUCAUAUCAAGGAAAUAGUUCUGGACAAUACUGAGUGAGUGAAAGAGUCCAUUAGCAUCUUCAGUUUAUUCCUUGGCCAACAAAGAUAAUCCAAAAAGAAAAGAACUACUUCAGUUGUUUUGAAAUGACAGAUUUGACUUAAUCAGGUGUAUCUGCAGAUUCUUCAGAAAACUGAGUAGGAAAGACCUUUAAUUCAUUAUAUUUUGGGUGGUUGUUUUAUAUCACGAUAUUAUCUAGCCACUUCCACAUUAUUUAGAUUUCUGGAGUCACAACAUAAGCAUAUGUUACAUUGAACAAGUAAGUAAAUUAAAAAGUGAGCAGGAAAAAGAGAAAAAUAUUAUACAGCUUAGAAAUGCCACAUAAAUUUCUAUCUCUGAAUUGAAUCAAAGAACAAGAAUAUGAAAGAAAU